AUGGCCCAAUUUGGGUUUUCUGCAAAUAAAAAUUACAGAAAAUCAGACGACGUGAUGAAAUUGACUCAAAAUGAUGAAAAAUCAAAAAUCAUCGCAACCGCUAAUUGGGACCGUGUACUCGCCACAUUGCUUCCUUUCAAGGAAAGGGAAAAUAAAAACAGCAAAAGGAAAACAGAUCUCGUCCCGCCUGGUUACAGCUGGUUCCUCGGGAUCAUAGUGUUGAUCGCUGUAGUGCUAGCGAUCGUCUUCACGCUCAGGCACAAAGCAAGCAAAUCCGAUGCUCCUGGCUCCAUUAAUAAAAACUAUGCUGAUGCUCUCAAGAUCUCUAUGCAGUUCUUCGAUAUCCAGAAAUCUGGUAAGCUGGAAAACAACAAAAUACCAUGGAGAGGAGACUCAGGGCUAAAAGACGGAAGCGAAGCGACUCUGGAUCUUUCCAAAGGUUUAUACGACGCUGGAGAUCACAUGAAGUUUGGUUUCCCGAUGGCUUUCACUGCCACUAUUCUCUCUUGGGCGAUUCUUGAGUACGGAGAUCAGAUGGAUUCCGUGAAACAGCUGGAUCCUGCUAAAGACGCUCUCAAAUGGACCACUGACUUCCUCAUCAAUGCUCAUCCUUCUCCGAACGUUCUCUACAUUCAGGUGGGAGAUCCGGAGACGGAUCAUAACUGUUGGGAUAGGCCAGAAACAAUGUCGAGUAAGAGAACUCUCACUAAGAUUGAUACCAAGACUCCAGGGACUGAGGUUGCUGCAGAGACAGCAGCAGCCAUGGCUGCAUCCUCUUUGGUCUUUAAAAAAACCGACCCCAAAUAUUCGAGCACGCUUCUGAAGCACGCCAAGCAGUUGUUCGAUUUCGCAGACAAUAACAGAGGAUCUUACAGUGUCAACGUCCCUAAGGUUCAGAAGUAUUACAACUCUACGGGCUAUGGCGACGAGCUCCUCUGGGCAGCUUCGUGGCUUUACCAUGCGACAGAGGACGAAACUUACCUGGACUUUGUUUCUAAAAAUGGAGAGGAGUUUGGAAAUUUUGGAAGUCCGUCAUGGUUUAGUUGGGACAACAAGCUUCCAGGAACACAGAUACUAUUAUCAAGAUUGACCUUCUUCAAAAAAGGGUUAUCAGGAAGCAAAGGACUUCAAGGUUAUAAAGAAACAGCAGAAGCUGUCAUGUGUGGGCUUAUACCAACUUCACCAACAGCUACAACUAGUAGAACUGAUGGUGGUCUGAUAUGGGUUGCUGAAUGGAAUGCAAUGCAACACCCUGUGUCCUCUGCAUUUUUAGCCACACUCUAUAGUGACUACAUGCUCACCUCCGGUAUUAAGACACUAUCUUGUAGUGACACAUCCUUCACACCUUCAGACCUCAGAAAAUUCGCCAGAUCUCAGGCUGAUUACAUGUUAGGGAAGAAUCCAGAGAAAAUGAGCUAUUUGGUGGGUUAUGGUGAGAAAUAUCCAGAGUUUGUGCAUCACAGAGGAGCCUCGAUACCAGCUGAUGCAACCACAGGAUGCAAAGAUGGGUUCGAGUGGCUUAACUCGGAGGAACCAAACCCGAACGUGGCUUAUGGUGCGCUUGUUGGAGGACCGUUUCUGAACGAGACGUUUAUAGACGCAAGGAACAACUCCAUGCAAAAUGAGCCAAGCACUUACAACAGUGCUCUUGUGGUUGGUCUUUUGUCUAGUUUGGUUACUUCGUCUUCUUCACUAGAAUCUUUCAUCCCAGUCUCCCUAAGGGCCCAGCUUCAGAAAGAAAGGUCUCACACCCAUCACUGUUCGUCGUCUUCCUCCUCCUCCUCCAAACAUGUUCCACCAAAUCUCAGCUUCACUGUUCACUCUCUACUCUCCACUUCUCUCGCCGAGCUUUAUUCACCAAGAUCCAUGUCUCUUCUGAUCAGAUCCUUUUACGUUUCUCAAUCUCACCUCAGUCUCUUCCAAACCAGAAACUCAAAACCAUCCUCUUUCGGCGAUCAAUUCCCGUCGAAACCAGUGUUCGUUUCUUCUUUCAAUCACAACCCGCUCGUCAAUUUGGUGUAUAAACGCAACCCAGCAAUGCAAUCCGUCUCUUCUUCUUCGAUGACUGUGAAGAGCUCCUUGAUUGACCCAGACGGUGGGGAAUUAGUGGAACUGGUGGUGCCGGAAUCGGAGAUUGGGUCGAAGAAGGCGGAAUCAGAGACGAUGCCGAAAGUGAAGCUGACGAAGAUUGAUCUGGAGUGGGUACACGUGAUCAGCGAAGGCUGGGCUAGUCCUAUAAAAGGGUUCAUGAGAGAAGACGAGUAUCUGCAAAGCUUGCAUUUCAAUUCUCUUAGGUUAAAAGACGGGACUCUUGUGAACAUGUCGCUUCCUAUUGUUCUUGCCAUUGAUGAUGAGACCAAAGAACAGAUCGGAUCAUCCCAGAACGUUGCUCUUGUUAGCCCUCAAGGAGAUACCAUCGGUUCUCUCCGAAGUGUAGAGAUAUACAAACACAACAAGGAAGAAAGGAUUGCUCGAACUUGGGGAACUACUUCUCCAGGAUUGCCUUAUGUGGAAGAACACAUUACUCCAUCUGGAAACUGGCUUAUUGGUGGGGACUUAGAAGUUUUCCAGCCGAUUAAGUAUAACGACGGGCUUGAUCAUUACAGGCUCUCUCCCAAACAGCUUAGGAAAGAGUUCGACAAUCGUCAAGCGGAUGCUGUUUUUGCGUUCCAGUUAAGGAACCCUGUGCACAAUGGCCACGCUCUGUUGAUGAAUGACACCCGGAAAAGGCUUUUGGAUAUGGGUUACAAGAACCCUAUUCUCUUGCUUCACCCUUUAGGAGGCUUCACAAAAGCUGAUGAUGUUCCUCUUGAUGUACGCAUGGAACAACACAGCAAGGUUCUUGAGGAUGGAGUUCUUGACCCGGAGACUACUAUUGUCUCGAUAUUUCCUUCACCGAUGCACUAUGCUGGUCCAACCGAAGUUCAAUGGCACGCCAAAGCUAGGAUUAAUGCUGGUGCUAAUUUCUACAUUGUAGGCCGUGACCCUGCGGGAAUGGGCCAUCCUACUGAGAAGAGAGAUCUAUAUGAUCCUGAUCAUGGGAAGAAAGUCUUGAGCAUGGCCCCUGGACUUGAGAAACUAAAUAUUCUUCCGUUUAGGCUUACGAUACAAUUGAGAAGAAAAUGGCGUUUUUCGAUCCCUCACGUGCUAAAGAGUUUCUUUUCAUUUCUGGAACAAAGGCAAGAGAUAAUGCGAACGUAUGCAAGAACAGGGGAGAAUCCUCCAGAUGGGUUUAUGUGUCCGAGUGGAUGGAGUGUUCUUGUCAAAUACUAUGCUAGCUUGCAAGAGAGCGAUGAAUCAUCAAAACAACAAGCCGUUGUUUGA